AACGGGCGGGCUAUGUCUGAUUGCGGCACCUCGAACUGCAACACGCCCACCACUCACACGCUCAGCCUCGCACCCUAUCAGGUCACCGUCACCGUCACCCAUUGUUAUGCCCCAUCGCCGCCGAGGGGCCAAUAAGUGAGUGAGCCAUGGACAGCAGCAGCACUUUGGUGAAAGGUGCACCUCUCAAGCGGGGGGACAUGGCGGUGCUCAUGGCCGCCGCUCUGCAUGCAUCGUCGACAGACUUGAAGAGCAGCAGCGCGGGCUCUUUGAACCGCCAGUUUCUCUUCCCCGAGAGAAAGGAGCCUCUUUCUCCCGUCCUGGUACCGUCGUCCGGACCAUCUGGGAAUGAGCAACCAAAGCAAGCCAGUAACAACAACAACUCGCACGACGGCAGUGAAUCCGACUCGGACGCUUCCAACUCUUCCGACGACAGCUACGACUCGGACGACGACGAUGAAGAUAAAUCGGCGGCAGCUGCAACAGGCGACGGAGCUGCCUUGUCUUCUCGCACGCGUGCGCCGUCGUGGGAAUCAUCCACGACUGUGGCGACAAUAGUAGAGGACGAGAAUGCCAGUAUCAAAAUAGCAGCAGCGGCAGCUGCAGCCUCGCUGAAUCCCGCCGCGUCUGUGGAUGUGCUUGCCGAGAUCAGGAAGAUGAUCAAAGAGGAGUUAGGGCAGUUCCGAGACGACAAGGACAAGAAAGGAGAGGAGCAGCAGAAGACGCAGGGCCAAGACACUCCAACGCAGCAACCGCCUCGGACGCGGUCGCCGCCUAGUUCUCAGCCUUCUCCAGUCUCGAAGUCUAGCUAUGCUUUUCCUUCCCUCCAGCAGCAGCAGCAGCCGGUGGCCCCUGGCCCAGCCGCGAGCUCAACUCCAUCGUCGCCUGGGAGACAGACGGAGGCUCGCUGGAGCGAUACUAGCAUCUCGCCCGUUGUUGAGAUGAGCGCCAUCGACCAGAAAUGGGGCAUCCUGUUCGAUGGGCAAGGGGUGGGCACCAAGAGACUGGAACAGGUGUUUAAGGGGUUCGCUAGGUAUAUCGCCGAAGAGCUUACGCCGCGCAAGAUGGAAGUGGUGACGCCGGACAAGGUAGUGAUAUUCUACCUGCACUACAAGCUCGACGUCGAGGUGUUUCCCUUCACGGCCAUCUUCUCGGGCCGCGGGCGGCAAGCCCACGAGCGCGUGGCCGACCUGUACCACCAGCUGGGGUGCGAGUACUACCUGGUGCCGGCCGAGGCCCAGUGCCGGCCGACCAUGCCGGGGCUCACGAUGCGCGGAUUCGCGCAGUGGAUGACGUGGACCAUCCGCGCGUAUCCGGACGAGGAGGCGCGGCGGUUGGCCCGCGCCGUGUCGGCCCUGCCCUUCAACGCCGAGAGCCUGCUCGACGGCAAGCCCGAGCGCCUGCCCAAGCAAAUCUCGCGCCACCUGCUACCCGAGAAGCCCAACCAGGAUGCCCGCGCUCGCUUUGACGACGUCCUGAAGCGCGUCGUCGACGACAUGCAGCUGUCGCCCUCAUCCGCCGCCUCGGCCACGUUCAGGGGCGUCCCUCUAGCCAACCUGAGUAAUAGCAGCACCGCACAGCCGUAUUCUUCUCCGAGGCAGGACGCAAGUGCAAGCAGCAACAGCAGCACAGCUACCCGCCGCGCCUCGGACUCGCGCACCUCGAGCCCACGUUCACGCUACCGCCCGCGAAGCGAAGUCCCAUCGUCAGCCUCGUCAGCCUCGUCAGCCGCAUCCUGGCAGACGGAUGAAGAUUACAACAACCACAGCCGCAGACGCAGCGCGACGGGCACAGGCACCGGCGGCGGCACAACCCCACGGGCACGCAGCGGCAGCGUGCGCGAUGACAUGAGUACAGGCGCAGGCUACGCGCGGUCCAUGGGCUCAGCGUCGCAUGCCAGCAACAGCUCAGCAGCGCGCCGCGACCCCCCGUCUAGCAGCCGCCCCCCGCCCCCCAUCGUCACCGCCGCGAGCUCGGCAGCUUCUUCCAACAGCACUAACGCCCGCCGCAGCCGCCGCGGCAGCUCCCCACCCCCGUUUGGCCACCGCCACCACUCCCUCUCGGUCGGCGACAUGUUGUCAUUCCCUGCUACUCCGUCACCGACGGCCGUCAAGUUUGACACCAGCACCACGGCUGCUUCUGGCCGAGGGGGAGACCGCGGCCGCAGCGCCAGGGACGAACGCGACAGGGACAGGGACAGAGACAGGGAGCGUGAGCGCGAACGCGAGAGGGAAAGGGACCGCCGCGGCCGCCGACCCGCGUCGCUGGUGAAUACGUUUAGCAACACCAGUGCCAGCGGCGGGGGCGGAGGAAGUAGCAGUAGCAGCAGCAGGCGGAGUACUAGCCGCAGGCGCCUGCCCCCGGUCGUCAUCGUGCAUGACGAUCGCGAUAGGGAGAGGGACAGGGAGAGAGACAGAGACAGAGACAGAGAGAGGGAUAGGGACGGCCGCGGCCCGACCUGGCAGGAGUAUCUGGCUGGCCCUGCCGCUGGUGCUGCUUCUAGAUCGGGUACGAGGGUGCGCAGGCCGUCUGAGGCGAGGUCUUCUACUUCGUGAGGCUAUGCGUUUACCCCUAUCCUAUGUGGUUCUUCUCUUUGUUUUCUACUCUUCUUUUUGCCUCUUUCACUUCUGAGAUUGUUGUUGUUAACUGAAAUCGUUUUUUUUUCUUGCUCUCCUUUUCCUUUUCGUCUGCGCUUCUUUAUUCCUUCCUAUACUUAUUGUACUACGCUCCCUUAUGGGUACUUUUCAUUUUCUCUGUACGCGUCACUGAAGUACCCGGACUGCAGA